ACCCUACGAUUCGCCAAAUCCCUCUCCAACUUUUUCCACCUUCAAAUCCAAACACCGCCCACAUCCGCCGUCGCCGGAGAUAUUCCCUCAAACUGGGAUUCUUUCCCGGAAGAGAAACACUCCACUCCAACCACUUCCCCAAAAGAGGUGAUCGCCCAAAAAUGGCAGGAAAUCCAUGGUUUCCACGGCGGUUGGGAGGAAGAGGAUGCUCUACUAAACCCUCUUCACCCUUGGUUGAGGCGAGAAAUCGUUAAGUACGGCGAGUUUGCUCAGGCCACUUACGACGCUUUCGAUUUCGAUUCGUUUUCUGAGUAUUGCGGGAGUUGUAGGUAUAAUGCACACCACCUGUUCGAUAAAUUGGGUUUGACCAAAAAUGGGUAUAAUGUUACUAAGUACAUUUACGCAAUGUCUUCACACAUUGAUGUUCCCACUUGGCUACAGAGAUCCAAUUUGGUUGAUUUAACGUGGAGUAAGGACUCUAAUUGGAUGGGAUAUGUGGCGGUGAGCGAUGACGAGUCGCGAAGGAUUGGCCGGAGGGACAUUGUUGUGGCGUGGCGAGGAACGGUGGCGCCUUCCAAAUGGUACGAAGAUUUUAAGAGAAAAUUGGAGCCAAUUGGGAAUAGAGAAGCGAAAGUUGAACAUGGGUUUUUGAGCAUUUACUCUUCUAAGAGUGAAUCCACUAGGUACAACAAGUCUAGUGCUUCGGAGCAAGUAAUGAAAGAAGUGAAAAAGCUUGUUGAAAUGUAUAGACAAAAGGGUGAAGAAGUUAGUGUUACUAUAACUGGCCACAGCCUCGGGGGCGCUUUAGCUCUUCUAAACGCCUACGAGGCUGCAGCAACUCUUCCAAAGGAGGUUACCAUCAGCGUAAUCUCCUUUGGAGCCCCGAGAGUUGGGAACCACGCGUUUAGAGACGAGAUUCAUGACAUGGGCGUUAGAAUGCUGAGAGUUGUGAUCAAACAAGACAUGGUUCAUAGAAUGCCGGGGCUAGUUUUGAAUGAGAGUUUGGAGAAACUUGAAGAUAUUAUGGGGACUCUUGAAUGGGUUUAUACUCAUGUUGGGGCUGAGUUAAAGCUGGAUGUUAAGUCAUCUCCUUACUUAAAGCAUGGAAUUAAUUUAGCUGUGUUUCAUAGUUUGGAGACUUACUUGCAUCUUGUGGAUGGUUUCCUGAGUCAUACGACACCGUUUAGAGAAAAUGCUAGGAGAGAUGUUGCAUUAGUUAACAAGGGAUGUGAUAUGUUAGUUGAUAAGCUUAGAAUCCCACAAUGUUGGUACCAAUUAGCUCAUAAAGCACUUGUUUGUAAUGAUCAUGGGAGAUGGGUUAAGCCCAAAAGAGAGGUUGAAGACAUUCCUUCACCUAUGGCCUUGGAUCAACCUCAUCAAUCUCAUGUCUUGAAAUCGGAUAAUGUACAAUUUCAACCUUUCUUUGGUACUUGAAAUAUAUAAACACACAAUUUUUAAUUUAAAAAUUAUAUGUAUAAAGAAAUUUAUAUUUUGUUUAAAAAUAGAAUAAUAAUAAAAUUUUAUCAAAGAUGUUUUUCUAAAUUUUCUUUCAAUAAUAUCAGUAUUAAU